AUGUUCUGGCGAUUCGGGGGGUACGCUAAUAUCUCCACCGUCGACACUCUACUCGACAAACCCGAUGUCAGUCUUGAGGAGCUGUUGGACGAGCCGGAGCUCAUUUCCGAACUGAAACAACAUAAUACGAAACUCAUAGAAUAUUUACGAGAGGACCAUAUACUGAAAAAGCUGUUGGAAUAUGUGGUCGCGCCGCCUUUAAUUAAUGACGAUGAUAAUGACGAUGACGACGAUGAUGACGCAAAGAAAAAAUCUGAUGAGAAGUCCGCCGCUGAAGAUGAUACUAAAAAGGAUGAGGAUAUCCUUGAACCCGAGGAUCUGGAGAGGGCCGAUAAGCAGCGUUCCAAGUUCGCCUACAUGGCUUGCGAGAUCUUAUCCUCGGAAACGUGGUCAAUUCUGGAGUCAAUAAUGCUCAACGAAGCGUAUUUGCGAGAGUUUUGGAACUUUAUGAAACGACCAGCGCCCUUGGACUCUGCUCAGGCCGGCUACUUCACCAAAGUCAACGAAGUUUUGUUUGAUAAAAAGACGGAAGAAAUGCUCGAGUUUUUCAAGUCGCUGAAAGGUAUCGUUCCUGCUAUAUUGCAACAUGUGGACAAUCCCAUGGUGAUGGAUCUGCUAUUGAAAAUCAUUAGUCUCGAAAAGGUGGAGGGUGGACAAGGCAUCGUCGACUGGUUGAAAGACGAGGAUCUUAUCCCUGUCCUGCUCUCUUACAUUUCAUCCGAACACUCAUCUUCCAUGCAGACUUCUGCCGGUGACUUUUUGAAAGCAAUCAUCACCAUCUCAGCAAAUGCAACCCAAAACGAGCAGUCCUGCAUUGGACCAAACAGCCUAACCAGGCAACUUGUCUCGGCUCCAUGCGUUGAACAACUCAUCGGGUUCAUGCUCCAAGGAGGAAAUUCGCUUACUGUGGGCGUCGGUAUCGUCAUUGAAGUCAUUCGCAAGAACAAUUCCGACUACGAUGAGAAUAUCGGAGGACCAGAUGCACGGCCCAGCAUAUAUGACCCGAUUUACCUGGGAACUCUACUCCGACAAUUUUCAACGCACAUUCCCGACUUCAUGGCUUUGAUUCUCAGUUCAAAGCACACCGUUGUUGAAAAUGGGCAAAUAAAGAUCAAGGACCGUGGACAGCUCAGUUCUGCAUGGGGCAUGAAGAUUGAGCCUCUGGGCUUUGAUCGCUUCAAGACCUGUGAAUUGAUGGCGGAGCUUCUUCACUGUAGUAAUAUGGGCUUGUUAAACGAAGUCGGCAGCGAGGAUUACAUCCGACAGCGCGAUACUGAGCGGGAGAACUUGCGAGCCCAGGGCGCGUUUGACUUGAAUAGGAAGGAAGCUUCUGGCAUGGCUUUCAGUGAAAAUGCUGGGGAGUCGGAACAAGAACAAGCCUUCAGAGUCGAACCCCAGUCAGCGACAGUAGAAAACGUCAAUGCCAGCGACGAUGACGGCUUCGAAGAUGUUGGUUCCACGAAAGACCUUGGUCCAGAGAUCAAAACAGAUGCGGGAGAGCAGCCUCAACCGGAGAAAGUCGAAUUCCAUGCGCAAAGUCCGGGUCUUCGUAUUGAAGACAGCAUUGUUGAAGAAACCUUGAAGAAUUCCAGCAAAACUGAGACUGGUCUUGCUCCUGUUGAGUCUUCGGUUGAUCCUAUAUCACCUACCGCAUCUGGUCUUACAGAAAGUGUCAAUGAGAUUACAUUGAACAAGAGUGAGCAAGUUUCUGCAGUAGACGAGCUCAAAGACCAAGCCAAACCCACGGUAGAAUCUCAUGCUGAAGAUACACUUACGUCUACGACACAAUCGGAGCUGCAAAGUGAAUUGAGACCAGAAGGGCCAUCUGGCACAAAUGACGAGGGGCAGUCAAAUGACUCUCAAGCUACGCAUAUCGAAGAUGAGUUUGCACCUCAGAUUCAAUAUGACCAUUCUGGUCAGCCUGUUGUUGGUGACUUUUUAAAAAUUCAAUUUGUGGAACAUAAAGUUGUUCCAACAAUUUUGGAUUUCUUCUUCCGCUUCCCUUGGAACAACUUUCUACAUAACGUAGUGUAUGAUGUCGUUCAACAAGUUUUUAAUGGAUCAAUGGAUCGAGGAUACAACCGAUGCCUUGCUAUCGAUCUUUUCAAUGCUGGCCGCAUUACAGAGAAAGUUGUUGAAGGUCAAAAGCGCAGUGACGAGGCUCAGACUACGAAAAAUACAAGGCUCGGCUACAUGGGCCAUUUGACUCUGAUUGCAGAGGAGGUUGUGAAAUUUACCGAGCGUCAUCCUGCUGAAAUUCUCUCGCAGAGUGUCAUGGAUAAGGUUCUUCAUCCCGAUUGGGUUGAAUACGUUGAGCGAACACUCUCGGAGACGCGCGAACGUGACAAUGCUAUUCUAGGAGGCACCCGACCUGACCUUAUGGGCCACCGCCAGGCUGUAAUGAACGCCGUACAGGGCUUUACUGGCUCAAACGCUCUCGCCAACGCCGGACUCAAUGGAGGAAACGGCGGUUCUAGUUUCGAAAAUUUCGACUCCAUGACGCAUGGCAGCGCAUCCAGCGGCGCGUUCGGUCUAGGAGGUAGCAACUCCCUUCUCAGCGGCUUUGGAAGCUCCAGCGAUGAUGAAGACGAGGAGAUGGAAGAUCAAGACGACGACGACACCAGAGGAUUUUCAGACAACCUCGCAGAAAGCGGAAUAGAAAAUGAACCCGCAUCAUCAUCAACUAGCCAGCCUAUCCCCAUCCUGGCUCCCCCACCUGCCCCUCUGAAUAUCGUCCCAUCACGGGCACGUCGCCAGCUGGCUGCACGACUAGCCCUUCACAAACAACAAGCCAAUGCCGCUGCCGAGAACUCAAGCGACCAGUCUAAUGCUGAGGAAUCGCAUCACAAUGGACAAUGGCAGUCGAAUCCGUUUAUCAUUGCCGAUCUCGAAGAUGACACCCGUGAGCUAGGGUCUGCUGAGUUUUCAGCCAUGGAUGAGAAUGACCAACCAUCUUCGCCGACAUUCCACACUGGCUUUACACCCCCUGGCUCGCCGUCCACCAAUUCUUCAGAUGACACUAGCGGCGAUCCCAGGGAAACAGUAAGACGCAAAGUCCGAAUACCUUUGGAAGUAGAAGAUGACGAUGACGAUGAAAUGGGAGAAAUGGUCGGUCCCGGCUCCGGCUCCGGCUCCGGCAUGAUGGACUCUGACGAGGAGGAAGAAGCCAUCAUCAACGAAUCACUCGGCUAUUCGAACUUGUUCGGGGCCGGUAGAUACGGCGGUUUCAAUCGCGCAUACGGCCGCAACGGACAAUCUUCAUUCGACGACGAUGACGACGAUAACGACAGUAGCGAUGGAGAGGAUGGACUUGUCGAGAUCUUGGUCCCUGGCCGCAAAUCAUUUUCUUCUAAUUAG